UUGGGGUUCCUUACUGGAGCUGCUGCCCCCGCGACCCGACCCGGAUAAGAGGCUGAAGGGGGUCCUGGAGCAGAUGGACCGGGGAGUCGUGGACCUGCAGGAGCUGCGCAGGAACCUGGAGCUCGCUGCCGCCAUGUUGGACACCGUGUACACUGAUGAGACCAAGCGUCUUCUGGACACCGAGGACGAGCUCAGCGACUUCCAGGCGGAGUCGGUGCCCAGCGAGGUACGUGAUUGGCUGGCGUGUACCUUCACCAGGAAGAUGGGUGUGGCCAAGCGACGUCCUGAGGAGAAGCCCAGAUUCAGGAGCAUCGUCCACGCAGUGCAGGCUGGGAUAUUUGUGGAAAGGAUGUACAGACGGACGUCCAACAUGGCCGGUCUGACCUACACUCCCACGGCUUUGACAGCUCUGAAGGAAGUGGAUCACUGGUCGUUUGAUGUUUUCUCCUUCCAAGAGGCCACCGGAGACCACGCCCUCAAGUUCCUGGUCUACGACCUGCUGACCCGCUAUGACCUCAUCAACAGGUUCAGGAUCCCGGUUCAGUCUCUGGUGCAGUUUGUUGAAGCUCUGGAGAAUGGAUACAGCAAACACAAGAACCCCUACCACAACCUGAUCCACGCUGCUGAUGUCACUCAGACCGCACACUUCCUGAUGCUACACACUGGACUGAUGCACUGGCUCAGCGAGCUGGAGAUUCUUGCGAUGGUUUUUGCUGCAGCGAUUCACGACUUCGAACACACAGGAACCACCAACAACUUCCACAUCCACGCCAGGUCGGAGGUGGCCAUCCUGUACAACGACAGGUCGGUGCUGGAGAACCAUCACGUCAGCGCCGCCUACAGACUGAUGGCAGAGGAGGACAUGAACAUCCUGGUCAACCUGAACAAGGACGACUGGAGGGAGCUGAGGGCUCUGGUGAUCGAGAUGGUGAUGUCCACAGACAUGUCCUGUCACUUCCAGCAGAUCAAGACCAUGAAGAACGCCGUGACACAGACGCUCAGUCUGGACAAAGUGAAGGUUCUGUCUCUGAUGCUUCACGCUGCAGACAUCAGUCAUCCGGCCAAAGCCUGGCCGCUGCACUACCGCUGGACCCACAGCCUGAUGGAGGAGUUCUUCAGACAGGGAGACAAAGAGGUGGAGCUCGGCCUUCCCUUUUCUCCUCUCUGUGACCGCAAAGCCACCAUGAUCGCCCAAUCACAGAUAGGUUUCAUCGACUUCAUCGUGGAGCCGACUUUCAGUGUUCUGAUCGACACGACGGAGAAAGUGAUCGGACCUCUGAUAGAAGAGGACAGGAAGGCCAGAGAGACUGGGAACAGGAUGGCUAGUCUAACAGGAAGCGGUUCGGUUACCGUGGAGUCGGUGCAGAGACACAGCAGUGGUCGCCAUGGGAGCAGCGAUGACGGACAGAUGGACUUUUCCCUGACAGCCAUCGACCUGCCGGCCAUGAAGCUCCACCUGUCCAACGUCAUCGGCAGCAACAAGGACAGAUGGAAAGAGCUGUCUGUGCACGAGCUGGCCAAUAAGGAGCAAGAAGAAAAAGAGGAAGUGGAGUCUAAUGUCAACUCAGACAUCCAAUCACAUGCCUCCCCCAUUCACAGUGUCACCCAGUCACAAACCUCUGACCAAUCACAGAACUCAGAGGGCGCCCCUCCUGAUGAUGAGACGCACGAGUCCCCUGUGCACCUGACCUGGAACGGGGCGGGGCCGGCGGAGGAGAAGGAGGACGAUGACGAACUGCCUGAAAACGCCUGAUGACGCUCCACGGCGAACUCACCACUGUAUCAGACUGUGGCAGAUCACCAUGGCAACAGGUGGUGCGGUGACGACGAGGGUUCAGACUGUUGAAACACAGCAGCUGAUUCAGCGGCCCCUCAGUGGCCCCCAAAGGGCCACUAGACCUUAUGUUUACAACCGACCAUGAAAAACAGCGCAUUCAAAGUGACGACAUUCAUCAGAAAACAGCUUCUUAGCAGCUUCAUGGUCCAUUCACUGUGGUGAUAGUGUUUUAUGAUGUUAUUAGAUGCUCAGAGGAACAAUGUCUGUGAAAUAACUAAGAGAAAAUGUAAAAAUUUGAAUAAAAAUAAAGACUAGACAGAUGGGAACGAAAGAGCGUCCAGUGGCUGUUCAUAGCUUAUGCAGGAUAUCUAUGAUCUGGAGGAAUGAGACAUGGAGCUGUUAAGAAGACGAAGCCGAGCACAGCGACAGGUGUGAUGUUGAACGCCUCUUAUAAUAAUAUGUGAGGAGUGUGAAGUGAUUUCUGCUUUAUUCUCUGUUCUGGGUUCAAAUGAUUCAACAUGUUGUGCUCCUGGCCACGCCUCAGUAUGUGACGGAUGGAUUGCCAUGUGGCUACAAACAUUCAUGGUUCCCAGAGGAAGUAUUGUAUUGACUUUGGGUAUCGUGUGACUUUUCCCCUCGCGCCACCAAGAGGUUGCUUUAUUUCGAGUGAAAUACCUUGACAUGUAUUAACUUUUUGUUUCGCACCAACUGCCUGCAAAGCUCAUGAGAUUCCCAUCGACCUCAGCAGUACUUUGUGCGUAGUGGUCAUGGAUGUAUUAUAAUAAUGUAUUAUGUCUACAUUAUACUGCGGCCCAACAAGUUUUUUCUCCAUAGGACACCAUCGUAAAAGAGGUCAGGACACCUCAAACUGCAAACAAGGACCAUUAUGCCUCUUCCUUUUACACAUUUUGGAUCAAUGAGGUUUUACAUUUGUAUAACUUUCGCUUCCAAGAAAAAGCGAUUUAAAAAAGUAGAUGUGACAAUGAAGUAAAGUCGGCUGGCUGAGUGGGCACUCUGGGGGCCAGCGGCCAAAACACUACUGUGCAUAUUCAGGGUGCCGCAUAACCAGGAAGUAAACACUGAAGCUAGGAAAAUGUUUAGGCGUAUGCACCAGGCGAGCAGUUCUCAUUGGAUUGAAUAGGCGCCAUCUUUGGGUCAGUAUCCAGUUAAUUAAUAUAAUACAUCCAUGGUAGUGGUAGUGAUUGCUAGCAUGCUAACACGCUAAACUAAGAUGUUGAACAUGGUAAACAUUAUAUCUGCUAAACAUCAGCAUGCUAGCUUAACUAUUGUGAACAUAUUAGCCUGCUAACAUUAGCAUUUAGCUCAAAGCACUGCUGUGCCUAAUGCCAUGUUUCGACUGCACGAUCCGGCUCCGCUCCACUCACUCCUGGUUCCAGGUCCUUUUCUCCUUCCACUGCUGAUAGCGCCGCCUGAGUUCAAGUGGGAUUCUCCGCUGAUUGGCAUAGCGACGCCACGUAAAAGAAUCUUCAAUGUAACCACGUGACACGUGACUCGCCGACUCCUUUCAACGACAACCAAAAGAGGCAUGUCUGCACUUCCACAGUUGUAUGGCAUCGUUCUGUUGGCUGCCAUUUUCUAAAAUCUGGAUUUGGUGAAUAAAAAAUUGCUGCCGCUUUUGACGGUAGCUUAGCUAUUUAGAAAUUGCGGCUUUGCGUACUAUCAGUGGUCUGCAGUGUUUAAACUCCAACUUCUAGUAUUGGUUCAGCUUGCUUGGAACUGAGGUGGUACCAAAAAAAGAUCUAGGUACGAUCCACGACCUUUGUUAAUGGGAAAAGCGAGUCUAGCUAGUAGAGCCGUGCCAUACCACGCAGUGGGAAUAUGACAUACGUAGCCUCCCCACAUGGCUGUAGACUCUUAAUCUUGUUGUUAUUCGAUUGGUUGGGGAUGUUUUGUUCCCGAGGAUGGAAGUAUGGGAUAAAACUGGGUCUUUUUCCGCUGUGCAAUCGUAAACCUGUGUUCCAGCGGAAAGCCACUUUCAGAGAAAGUCAACCAAAAGAUGUGAGCACGCAAAUUCACUUUAAUGUUGCAAACUGAUGUCGAAAAUGAAAAACAAAGUGCACUGGGCUUCAUGACCGUUAAGUUACAUGGAAGAAAUAAUGUGUUUAGAAGCAUGUGACCAAAAGGAGCUCAACCACCAUAGAAGUGUUCAGAUUGUGAAAUAUGACAUUUUUUCUUGUUUCAUUUGCAUGAAUUUGACAGCUGGGAGUUUUUUGCAUUCCACGUGCUGAAGGCCAAUGUGCAGUGCUAGCUGUGGCUGUUAGCGGGCUAGCACUGUAUAACAAAUAUGUUUGUUUUGGCCAAACGCUCGGAAAGUGUCUCAGUAAACUUCAUCGUGCGUCCUUGUUGAAAAGGUGAUUACUAGAAGAUGAUAAUUCACAACAACAAGUAAUUUCCUAAAUGCUAAUCCCAGAGUACUUUUACAUCUCUGACAACAAUACUUCUAAUGACUCGUCCUAAACGUUGGGGGUAUUUAUCCAUCAAGUGUGAUUUGGGCCGUUAUAGUAGCUAACAGAACAACACAGUGGGGUAGGGGUUAUCCUCCUCUAACUACAAGGUGAAGAUGUCAAACACGAUUCAAUCAAAUCUGAAGCAUUUAAAUCCCUGAUGCAACUAUUUCCUGACCACAUUACAGCUAAAGAUGCUGUAACUGCUAUUUCACUGUCACUUUAAGAGACGUGUUUGUUCCUCUGACUCCCGUCUCAUAACAUGUACAAGACCAAAUGUUUGCCUGAAUCCAAAUGUCCGGACUUCACAGCACUUUGCAGACUUGGUGGACUUUGCAGGCAUGUUCCCGAGAAGUCUGCGAGUGCCGUCCAAACCUACAACUCAUCCAGUCCACAGGGAGCCUUAAGCCAACUUUCUGCAGUCGGGGUGCAAAUCAAGCCCCAAGGAAGACUGUGAAGCCAAUUUCCGUAGUGGCCCAACCGUGGAAUUACAUCUUCCGGGCCGUCGUGUUGUGCUAUCGGGCCCAAGAAGACCUUUUUUUCAAUAGACUAACAUUGGGAAAUAUAGGUUUUAUAAGGUGAACUUGUCCGUAUGAAAACUUAAAUGGUCCUUAUUUAAUAAUAAUAAUACAUUUAACGUAUAUAGUGCUACUAGAUACACAAAGACGCUUAAAUAAUUAGGUCUUAAAAGUUAUAAAAUGCUGAAUCCAGAGUUAUUUCCCUUCCCUCCUGAGAAUGAGACAGAGCAGCUGAUCUUUGGGCUCCACAGAACUGAGCAGCUUUCAGAGGAGUGAAAGAGGCGACGGCCGUAUCUAGUCACAAUUACUAUAUUAAAUACGUUACUUGAAUCAUCCAGGCCAGAAAUAAUGUUCAGGAAGGUGGACGUUUGGAUUCAGCCUUUAAUUAAAUGUCAAACUGAGCGUACCUGUACCUGCUGUGACAUCACGGAUGGGGGCGUGGCCAGAGCUUUGAACCCACAGAGCAGCAGUGAAUAUUUCUACUUUUAACAACAUGGGUCGUCUUGUUGUACUUUUAACCGAUGUAGGCUAGCGUAACGUUGUGCUCUCCACCAUCUUUGUAGAGACUGUGGACGCGAGCACAGCAGCGAGGCCGCGGAGAGUAUCAGAAUAUUCCUUUAAAUGGUCAGAAGUCGUAUAAAGACACGUUACUGUCAGUUCUGACUGUGAAUAAAGAACCAUAAUAUCUCCAUGGUGACAAGGGCAACAGAAACUGUAUCUAUAGCAACGGCCAAUGGGCUGAAGGGUGGAGCCAACAUGGCCGACAGUGAAACUCUUUAGGUCCUCUGAGCACCGUGUUCGUUAAUGCAAUGUGUGCUGUAGUCAUCAUGUGCUCUCUGGCUCUGUGUGUGUGUGUGUGUGUGUGUGUGUGUGUGUGUGUGUGUGUGUGUGUGUGUGUGAGAGAAUCUGAGUGUGUGUGUGUGUGUGUGCACUGUAUAGCUGUUUUCUGUAUUAUUAUAUUAAACAUGCAGAACUCUCGUCCACUACUGUUUUCAUUUUAUUCAACUUUAUUAAAGCAUGUAAUGACAUCAUUUUA